CCAGAAGUGUGCUGGGAAUUGGCAUCUGCUCGAAUCUGCAACUGACAUCAGGUCUGGGUAGCCCCUGCAAGCCGUGAGAAAGUUUUCUGGUCCAAGCUUCCCCAGGAUUUGGCAGCUUUGCCUGCCCAGUGCUGAGCUCGGCAAGGUCCUGAUCCCUGUCAGAAGGCAAGUCAAUGAUCACCCCAGAGCUGGGAGCUCUAGGCUGAGAUGCAGAUUAUGGCCUAGCUGCCACACCCGUCACACACACGGUUGAGCCUCCACUCUCCGACACCCCAUACCCACCUCCCAAGCCUUCCUUGCUCGACAGCGCAACGAGCUUGCCCAGUAUCGCCCACCAUGUCCAACCGGAGUCCCAUGGAGGAGUACGCGCAGCGCCUGCAGGCCAUGGCCAGGUCAGGCCGCGGUGGUGGUUUCCCUGGUGGCAGGCCCCCGCCAGGAACCGGCUUUGCCCUGACCGGCGCCGUCGCCCUCCUGGCAGGCGGCUGGUUCCUCAGCAAUGCCCUCUUCAACGUCGACGGUGGUCACAGGGCGAUCAAGUACAGGCGCAUAAGCGGUGUCAGCAAGGAGAUCUACAGCGAGGGAACACACUUCAUGGUCCCGUGGUUUGAGACUCCCAUCACCUACGAUAUCCGAGCGAAGCCCCGAAACGUCUCGUCGCUCACCGGCACCAAGGACCUGCAGAUGGUCAACAUCACCUGCCGUGUCCUGUCAAGACCGGACAUCAAGUCCCUGCCUCAGAUCUACCGAACCCUCGGCCAGGACUACGACGAGCGGGUCCUUCCUUCAAUCGUCAACGAGGUGCUCAAGAGCGUGGUGGCCCAGUUCAACGCGAGCCAGCUCAUCACACAGAGAGAAAUGGUCGCGAGACUGGUCCGCGAGAACCUGUCCAGGAGAGCGCAACGGUUUAACAUUCUGCUGGACGAUGUGUCGCUGACCCACCUUGCAUUCUCGCCAGAGUUCACAGCUGCCGUGGAGGCGAAACAGGUGGCACAGCAGGAUGCGCAGCGCGCGGCCUUUGUCGUCGACAAGGCCCGCCAGGAGAAGCAGGCGAUGGUCGUCAAGGCUCAGGGUGAGGCGCGCUCUGCGGAGCUGAUUGGCGAGGCCAUCAAGAAGAACAAGGCCUACGUGGAGUUGAAGAAGCUGGAGAACGCGAGGGCCAUUGCUGCCAUCAUACAGGAGAACGGUGGCAAGAACCGGUUGCUCCUGGAUGCUGAGGGACUGGGGCUCAACGUUUUUGAGAAGGUCGAGGGAGAGAAGAAAUAGGCUCGACGAUGAUGCGUGGGCUCUUGCCUCGUCGAGCGGUAGUAUGUCCUUCACGUCAAAAGCGCCUGUGUAAGAUUAAUACGACUCAACUUUGCCCAGGUACAAUUUGAUGCCUCAAA